AAUACCGCUUUCAUAAUGUCUGAUUGUUGUAAAACCAGGACCAAAAACCCAUGCAUGGUCUGCAAGCGCACCGUGACGGCCAAAACGGGCCUGCAGUGCCAAGGGUCUUGCAAAUCUUGGAUCCACUUCACUUGCUGCAGCUACACCCCUGGAAAAAUUAAAGAUAUCAAGGCCAAAACUAUUAAAGUUCGAUGUCCAUGCCCGGACUGCUCUAAUCCACAAGGACCGAAAGAAGUUAUCAUGAAGGAUUCGGGCUUCACAUGCGUCAACAAAACAUGUCCCAUAAACUUGCCACCCUCAUGUAAGAAUGACUCUCUGGAUAAAAUGAACCAGCAACCCUCGCCAUGUACAUUCUCAUGUAAGGAGUGGCCUGGAGUUCCGUGUAGCGCCGAGUCCUGCAGAGAUAAUACGCAAGAAGAUUGUUGCCCUGAUGAAUCGUAUCCCAUUCCACACCAACAUCCACCGUGUCCGCCGUCGCCGCCGCCGGCGCCGUGUAUUCCAGCGCCGAAACCUUGUCCACCACCCCCACCAUGUCCGCCGCCGAAGCCAUGUACGACGGCGAGGCCAUGUCCGCCGGCGAAGACAUGCCCACCAGCGAAGCCAAGUCCGAAGCCGUGUUCGCCUGCGCCAAUGACGCCGACAUCGAAUUCACCGUCUCCACCUCGGCGUAUGUCACCUUCAUCUACCCCAGUAAUGCCUUCAAUAAGUCUCGUGGAAAACAUGUGCGAGACCGUUGGACUGUUGAGUGACCAGCUUAAUCAGUUGAUGUGUAAGAUGACAGACGUACUAAACCCGAGUGCCAACUCGCAACGGGAGUCAAGCUCGUGUCGUUGCCCAAAAAAUCCUAGACGAUAG